AUGGGCCAGCCAGCCCCUGUAGGUCAGCCAACCUACGGAGCCCCGCCUACACAUCUGCCCGGGCCUGGAGCUCCAUCCAUGUAUCAUCCACUCCCUGGAGGCCCAGUACAACAUCCAUUAGGUUCUACGCCCCCACCUAUGUAUCACCCAGGGCCCUCGCCAUAUCCUGUAGCCCCAGACGGUUCUCUAGAGCCCAGGGCCCCCACAGCCGCCCCUGGCCAAGAUCAAGGAUCGGUAUUGCAGCCUGGAGGUGUACCCCCAACACCGCAGCAGCGGUCUUCUGUAAUUCCGGGUGCUGAUCAGCCUGGCUUCGUUGCCUCAGGCACCAGGCCGAGUGGUGAACUACCUAUGGGCCAAGCUGGCAUUCAGACUGAAUUGCGUUCUGAUAGCCAGCCUGGUUUUGUGCCACCCUAUGCUUCCUACAUGUCACGCCAGCCUUCCUAUCCUGUCUACAUGCCACCCCAGCCUUCCACAGAGCCACAACCACCAUGGUCCACUCCAUCCUAUAUGUACUCUGCACCUCCAUACCAGUAUCGUCGAACACCGAGCCAAAGAGAUAAAGGCUCAUCAGAGAGAGAGAGUUUCAGCUUCCCCUUUGCCUUAGAGACCCUGCGCUUGAUGGGGGAGCUUACCAACUUCUACCUGAUUCUGAAGGAGCAGAUGGGGGCACUGGAUGAAGACGCUGGCCACUCUGAGCUGGAGAAGCUACAAUUCGUGAUAGCGAAAUUAACCAGUAAGACCAUCCCCGAUGACAUGUUGGAACAGCUACGUGGUCUUAAAGCCUUAACCAAAGAAAUUCAAGAGGAGAGGGAAAAAAUGAAGUUAAUGCAGCGAAUCCUGGAAGGAGAGGAGGAGGAUGCUGAAGAGGAGAGAGAGAGGUCUGGCCAUCUGAGUCUGCAGCUAAGUAUUCUCAGAGUAAAUGUGAAUGACAUAGAGAAGGAGCUGGCCCUACUACGGGAACGACAGGAGCAGGGCAGGGCCAUCGUGGAACAGUCAGUGACCGAAGCCACACUUUAUCUCCAGGAGCAGUUGGAUAAGCUCAGGAUGAUCAUAGAAAGCAUGCUGACCUCCUCAUCCACACUGCUGUCCAUGAGCAUGUCACCAUCUAAGGCUCCAGUCCCACUGGACCACGGUAAAGUUGAGCCACACUCCACCUGUCCGGCAUGCAGCCUCGACCUGAGCCAGCAAGUCAGCAGGCUAGUGCAGCGUUAUGAGCAACUCCAGGAUAUGGUCAACAACCUGAUGGUGUCUCGGCCCUCUAGGAAGUAUCAGCUCCAAAACCAGGAUGAAGAGCUACUAGGUCACAUCCAGGCCACCAUCCUUCAGGUGCAAGGCGACUGUGAGAAACUUAACAUCACCACAGGCAAUCUCAUUGAGGAUCACAGGCAAAAGCAGAAAGACAUUGAUGUGCUGUACCAGUCCCUAGAGAAGCUAGAAAAGGAGAAAGCCAACAGGGAGCACCUGGAGUUGGAAAUUGAUGUGAAAGCAGAUAAGACGGCCCUCGCUGCCAAAGUGAGCCGAAUCCAGUUUGAUGCCACCACAGAGCAGCUGAACCAAAUGAUGCAGGAUCUACUGACGAAGAUGACCGGGCAAGAGAAGGACUGGAAGAAAGUCCUGGACAAGCUCCUGGUUGAAAUGGAUACCAAGUUGGAUCGCCUAGAGUUAGAUCCCGUGAAGAAACUGCUGGAGGAGAAGUGGAAAGCCUUACGCAAGCAGCUGAAGGAACAGUCCCCCCUCUAUCAGUCUGAUGAAGCUGCCAUCAUGCGGAGGCAGCUUUUGGCACAUUUCCAUUGUCUUUCGUGUGACCGGCCCUUGGAAACAGCUGUACCUGGACCGAUCAUCCCCUCAGUGCCUAGUGGUCCAGGACUGCCAGCACAUCGUUCUAACCGUCCCUACACCAUCUAUGAACUGGAGCAAGUCCGGCAGCAAAGCCGCAACAUGAGGUUGGGUACUGCCUUCCAACGAAUGGAACUAGGACAGCUGGAAAGGAGUGUGGGACGUCUGCAUUCCAUGCACUCCAAGAUGCUGAUGGACAUAGAGAAGGUACAGAUCCAUUUUGGAGGCUCAGUCAAGGCCAGCAGCCAGAUGAUCAGGGAGCUGAUCCAGGCCCAGUGCCUUGGCUCCGCCUACUACAAACGGAUUCAAGAUAUGCCGGAUUACACCUACAUGUCAGUGCCACGUCGUUGUGGUGGUAGCCAUACACUUACCUUCCCCUACCGCCGCUAUGCCCGCCUACAGCACCUGGCUCAAUGUGUCUACCCUACAGAGAAUGUACGAACCUCCUUGAAGCAUGAGGUGGACAUCUUGGGCCUGGAUGGACAUAUCUACAAGGGACGGUUGGAGACAAGGCUGCCUGGAAUCCCAAACAAGGAAAGUGAGUAUCCAGGUAGCACAGAAUUACCUGUAUCCCUACACUGGAGAGCGGCCCAGCAAACCAAGGGCAGACCUGUCUCCUCCCAGGGGCGCCUCACACAGCUUAAGGCCACACAUCCACCAAGCCCCACAACUGUUAACCCCAGUAACCUCCCCUAA